CUACUGCAAGUCCGAGCAAUGCAUAAUACUAUACAGGUAUCCAUGUGUGCGCAUCUUAAGGGAUCAUUGUACGUAAAAAUCCUUUAAAAUUCACCUUGAGCAACUUUUCCUUCCAUAUUUCAACUGAAGACCUUCAAGUUAUGACAAUCACCACGUCUCUUGAUUUAGUUGAUGAUGCUUUCUUCAGCCGUGAUGUGAAUUUAUUACUCAUGGGUGUACUACUAUACAGGCCUAGCUAGCUGACAUUAUAGUGGUAAUACGAGUACCCUCCUGGCAUCACGUGACAAUCACAUCGACUCAACCCCCUGAUUUACCCCAGGAGGUCAUUCAUUAACCAUGCUGAGGAACAACCUCAUGAGACGGGAUACAGCAAACGCGCGCAGAAUCAUCCCAGUAUGCGCAUUAAUUAGCGCAUGCGCACUAUUACUCCUUAUCCACAAUGGAAAGGUACCAUCAGUCCUUACGUUUGGUACACGCAAUUCUGGAUCGGAGAAUAUCUUACGGGAGGCGCGUAGUGGACGAUACUUCUACAACCGCACCGCCAUCCGCUUUAAGAAAACAUCCGAGGUGCGGCAAUGCUAUCACCUAUCGCGUUCUCUGAGGAACCAGCUCCUUGAUAUCGAUAGUCUGGGUAGCAUCGGCUGCAAACAGCGAGUACCCAAUGUGAUUAUAGUAGGAGUGAAGGAAGGUGGAGAAGGAAUACUUCGGUUUUUUCUUGAUAAACACCCUUCCGUUAUGUUUCCUUCAUCCGAUACAAUCCGUUACUUCGAUAGACCAACGUUCCGCAAGUUGAAGGGAAUGGCGUGGUACAUGGAAAAAAUGCCUUACACGUCUCCUGAUCAGGUUACGAUCGCAAUGGGCUCGGACUACUUCGCGAGUCGCGUUGCACCCGAUGGCAUUCGAAACGACAUCGUACCAAAACCGAAGCUGCUCGUCAUUCUUCGGGAUCCAGUGAAGCGCGCCCUCUUAGAAUACUACUCUGUUCAAUCGGUGAAAGGGAAUCCUCCUAGCAGCGGGUUGGUGAAAAGUGCCGGCCAGUAUCCAUAUCUUGAUAGCUUUCAUCACAUCGGCGAUUCCUUCGCAAGUUCCGUCAUCAAUGACGACGGCGACGUCAAUGUUUGGAACGGCGUCGUCAAUGUGGGCAUGUAUGUGAUCCAGCUCCGAAGAUGGUUUGAGUGGUUUGGUAGUUCACAGGUUAUGAUCAUCGACGGUGAUCGGUUAGAAAAUAAUCCAAUACCGGUAAUGAAGUCUGUCGAAGACUUUAUCGGUGUGCCCCGAUACCUCAACGCAACGGCAAUUAAAUACGAUGCUGAUGCUAAGACACACUGCUUGAUAAAACCAUUCCAAUUAUGCCCUCCCGCCAAGUUAUCAUAUCCUGCUCCAGAUCAGAACACUGUCAAUACAUUACGAUCUUUCUACCACCGUUACGAUCGUCAACUCUACCAGAUGCUAGGUCGGAAUUUCACUUGGUUCAAAGAAUCGCUUUUCGUCAACCAAACGGCGUCUUCUUUCUCCGAAACACAUCAAGCAGCAGAAAAGGAAACUCCGGUUCAAGAAUCGUCAGACCAAUUGCUUGAAGAGGAGACUCAAUAAACGGUGUUGUUGACUAUAAAGAGAGAAAAAAAAUAGAACCAUAUCGGUUCUACCUCAUGCAUGCAAUGAGGCGCGUGGGCCUACUUGCUUAGCUGACGAUAGAGAAACUGCGUCGAAGCAGGAUGAACGCAACGUAAACUAAAUGUGAGGCAAUCGGAACGCAAUAUGCAUGCAUUGUAACUGUCGUGAGAACGUAUACUGUUAUUAUUGCUAGAUAACAUUAAAACAAAUUUGUUUUGAACUAUUACAUUAUUUUGAACCUUUAACACUUUUGAGUAUUGGUGUUGUUCAGCCAUAAUUAUUUGACCUUUCAAUGUUAUACAUUUUUUAUAACUGUGUACGUUUAUUGUUUUUCAUGCCAGUACAUCUAAUUUCUUUUGUUUAACUAACUACAUUAAUCUAAUAAUAUACCAUUGUCAUUCUGUGUUGAUAUCCGAUUUGCAAUGUUAUUGAACGUAUUUUCAUUUUUAGUUACAAAGCGUGAUAAUUGGAGAAGCAUCAUCUGCAAAAAGGUGAGAGUGUAUUUGAGGCUCUAUAAUAUUGAUGUUAUCUGAUUGUAAUCAACUGAUUAAACAUGAAUGGUUUCCCAGCAA